GCUCAGUCGUGGAGGCUGCUGCUGGAGCUCAAUUGACUUUCUCCCGAUUUCUCUUGCCUGCCAAUAAACCUAGAACAAGUAGUCCGGUCUCUUACUUUUGGUCCUCUCAUCACGACCCACGCUUGGUCUUCUUUCUCGACGGUGUAGAUUUUGAGACUCAAUUUUGCUCCGUCGUUGUUGUUGAACACGGACAUAUUAUUCUUUGUUUGGUGAGAAGUGAUUCCUGGGUCUACUUCAUACGCCGUGCUCGUAUAGCUCCAAAUACUAUUCAUUGGGAUUACAUCCAUCAACCACAACUGUCACCCCAUACAUUGUACAUGAACCUACAUACAAGCAGAUAUAUAUUGCGCCAAAUCAAUUCAGUUGAUUUUUUUUAUAUUCUACCUCGAGCAGAAGAGUUUAUGCUUAGUCGUGCCACGGCUCACAUUUCUACUUCCCACACAAAUUCAACUGCUGCUCCAAGUACAAGGUCUACAACCAAUAAGUCAACCCUCUCCUCAUCGGGCUUCUAUUUCAUAUGAAAACAUCUUGUGGAUUUGGAAUUGGUUUGGUUGUGGUUCCGGUUCGGUAUCACUUUGGUUGGACUUCAGCAUAACCAAACAAGAAAAAAAUUCAAUUUGAAAGUUGUUCAAUCCGAGCUCGAGCAACGACCGACCCACCGACCGACCUUUCUCCGGCUUAUGCUUUCUUUAUCCAGAACUCUGAUAUAACGCAGGGAUUUGAGAUCAGAAUUCGACAGAAGGAGUAAAAAUAUGGUGUAUUUUGAGCCGGUGCGAGGGUAGUGGUAGUUCUUUUACACAAUGUUCAAUACCGGAGCGCACUUACCAAACUCCCAACGGGCCCAUCUUGUUUGAUUCCUGGGGUUAUUUAUGUGAAGACUCCCAAAGUCGGCUAAGUGACUUAAUGCUAACCAUUCCAAUGGCCAUCUCCAUUUCAAGUGGUUUGGUUGAGUGAGAAUUUGGACAUCUUCUCAUCCUCCCCAAAACCAUCCCAACUGUCACCCACUGAAGAGUUACUCAGAAGGAAAUACGGCACGGAAUGAAAAUGAAUGCCUAAUCGAUUCCGUUUACGUUUCCAAUGAUUGAGUGCGACUCAAGGGGGUGAAUGGGCUACGGUUUGAUAGUGAGACUUCUUCUCUUUGACAGAGCAAAGUGAACUGUGAAUCUCUGGCGUAAUCAAGUUUGAGAAGUUUACCUUCACAAAUGGAGGAGAUUUUGAACGAGACGGAUCUAUGUCCGUCCUGUGACGGGUUGGACAAUGGGCCUUUUCUCGACAAUUCCUCCUUCUCGGCCGAAAACUCCACUACGGACGGGGUCACAACUUGGUCCACAAUCGCUUUAAUGUGUCUCAGUUCAAUCUUUCUUGCUGUCAUCAUUUUAUCUACAAUAAUCGGUAACGUCCUCGUCAUUGUUGCCGUGUUUAUCGAGAGGAAUUUACAGAACGUGGCAAACAGGUUAAUUGUGAGUCUGGGAAUAGCCGACUUGAUGGUUGCAUGUUUCGUUAUGGGACCUGCCGCACACUACAUGAUAUCUGGUCGUUGGAAUUUUGGCUCUGGAUUUUGCGAAGUUUGGACGAGUCUUGAUGUCCUUUGCUGUUCCGCAAGUAUCCUCCAUCUCUUAGCAGUUGCUUUGGAUAGAUUCUGGGCGGUAAGCCGUAUAAAUUGGACUGUGAACAGAAACGUAACCCACAUCAACCUUAUGAUACUCCUCGUAUGGCUGGUCGCUUUCCUCGUCUCAGUUGCCCCGCUUUUGGGGUGGAAGGACCCCCACUUUCAGGACAGGAUCGAAGAUAACAGAUGCAUGGUCAGCCCUGAUGUGGGUUAUCAGGUUUUUGCCACCGUUUCCACAUUCUACGCUCCAACAGUAUUAAUUUUCAUCCUCUACUGGAAAAUAUGGCAAACUGCAAAGACGCGAAUUCGACACCGGGUUGGAAAAGCAAAUAAUCAUAAACUUCCAACAUCCACCUCAACCACAACAAUCGGAGCUGCCAAAACUGCUAUUCCACUGUCCAGCACAUUCUCCGCUGACGAGCUUGCCACGGUGGAAACGAGUACAGAGUCUGUCAUGGCAAGUCCGACUGUUGCGGCGGAAGGGCAGGAAAUGGAGCAGCUUGCACCACCAGCAGUCGCAUCAUCAGUUAUCACUUGCGACGACGACUCAGGGGUCAACCCUUCCAUUGGACCCUCAGACAAUUUGCGACCUCCGUGUAGCCCUUUCCGAGCAUCACAGGCCUCACUCUCCUCUCCAGAUCUAGAAGCCAACAGCUCCAACCAAAUCUCAAACUCAAAUAAGCAUAUGAAAGAUCUUCAAAAGCAGAAGGAGACACUCGAAGCCAAACGGGAACGCAAGGCCGCCAAGACUUUAGCCGUGAUAACCGGUUGCUUCAUGGUCUGUUGGGGACCGUUCUUUCUUCAGGUGCUCAUUAUGGCUCUUUGUACCGAAUGCUGGCUGCCAGAGUACAUUGCCAACGCUUUCCAGUGGUUGGGGUACAUCAACUCAACUCUAAAUCCAGUGAUUUAUACAAUAUUCAAUGCGGAAUUUCGACAAGCAUUUAAGAGAAUAUUGUUCGGGAGGCAACAUAAGACUGCCCGUAGACGUCACUGAAUUUACCUUUCAUCAUCAACCACGGUGCUCUAUCUGACUAACUAAUCAACGGAGAAAGUACUCCACAAAUCCUGACUAAUCAGAGCUGUGGAUCCAGCUCGAAGAAUAAUAUUCAAUAAUCGACACCAAUUCACUCAUGCAAAUCAACUCAAAGAUUUUUUUACGUCUCAGAUUGGUGUUUCUUAUCGCGAGUAACUCAGUAUUGUGUGUAUCUGAUGAGUUUCUUGGCUCAUUCUAUGUCAUACUCUCGGUUCGGUCGUUAUACUCUGUCACAGAUAACAGAACUAUAGUUAUCUGCGUAUAGUAUGUACUGCAUAUAUUCCGAACAGAACUAAAGUGUCAGUGCUCCACCCAACAUAGAUUUGCAUUUGUCACUAACGAUCAACUGAGGGUAAUGUCACUGACUCGUCGUCGACGACAAUCUACAAAAGUGAACAGAAUUACUAGUGUAACUAAAUAAUUAUGCAUAUUCAUAUAAGUGUACGUAAUUUAUAUUAAGCUUAUUUUACGUGUUUCAGAUUGUUUGAUUUGAUUAAUAAAAACACCAUAUUCAUUUAGCAGUAAAUACGGAAA